UCCUUCACUCACUCACCUCACCUUCGAGCUCGGCCACUACGAAACUCCAGAAGUUCCCUCCACUCUCAGAAAUUCGUACGUCAUUUUUCCCUCAUUUUGUGGGGAUAAGAGAGAAAACAGCUUAGUUAUGGUAGAGGUGUGGUGCUCUGCCUCUCAUCUGGCCGUAACGAUAAAGUAAACAUUGUUCAAUCAUUAUAAACAUUCAGUGACCCGAGAGUGACAAAGAACUAACAGCAGAGAGACAGAGAGAGAUCUUCCUCCUCUUCCUCAGUGACGACACACCUGCCCAGCUACAGGGAGUUGGUGAACCUCAGAGCGGCAGCAUCAAGAUGGUCUUAAGGACGACUAGGUGGUGGGUGGUGAUGGUGAUGAUGUGUCUUGCUAGUACAUCCAGGGCCACCUCUCCUGAUAAGCUGACAGUGGCUGAUAUACAAGACUCACUGCUCUCCCCGUCGAGCGAACAGUACGCCAUCUACAUCCUCCCCAACACCGGUGAUCACGUCGACUCGGUCCAGAAGCGUCAGGCUGUAUACUACGACAACCAAGACGAUGACCGGGACGAACCGCAACCAGAGCCCGAGCCUGGUAAGACACAUCACGACGACUCUGUUGAAAGUGUCUCCCGAGGGGCCAGGAAGGUCUCAGAGCAGCCGCUGCCCAACAUCAGGUACACACCAGACGCGGCUUAUCCCCCCCCGGUCAUCUCCGCACCGUUCUUACUGGCGAACUUCAACCCCGAGUUACAGCCAGGUUACGGCCACGAACAGGAGCUGAAGGACAAGAUAGAUUCCUAUGCCAUAGUUCCCGAGCAGGACUCCUCAUCCCAAUCACCUCUUGACCCAACUCCUCGUCCUACACCCACACUCUCCCUGCAGACCUCCCUAGUUCAGUCACCCAUCACCUGGGACCCGACGGAGGAAGGUCACCCACAGGAAGAGAAACCCAAAAGUCCUAAGAAGCUGAUGAAUAAACCUAAGAAGAUAAUGAAGGUGAUCAAGAGGUCUGGAGAAGGACAAUACUUACCCGAGGAGGUGCCUGGAGUGAUGUUACCUACAGAAGACGGCACCGAGGAAGCCUUCGUACCUGCCGACCUGCUGCAGGACACCGAGAUAUUCCUGACGGCAGCUUCAGAUCAACAGCCCACCUUCCUCCCAGCAGCCCAUCAACAGUUUAGUGGAGGACCUCAGGCCGGGGGCAGCAGAGGGAUGCCCUACCAGUUUGGAUGGAUUGUAGACGACGAGGCAACAGCUAACUUCCAGACCCGCCAAGAGACAGGCGAUGAAGAGGGCGUCGUUACUGGCUGUUACCAGGUGCUGGACCCCAACGGCCUGGUCAGGACGGUCACCUACAGGGCGGACGACGGGGGCUUCAGGGUGCUCUCUCUCACUCGAGGACCUGACAAGACGCCUUGCCCUGGUCUUGAAGACUCCACCAGCUCCCCAGCCUCUAUCUCCGCCCCCACCGCCCGCCCACGCCCACAGUCCCAGCCCCACUCACAACCCACCCUCAACCCAUCUUUCCAAGGCACAGGAAACUUUGGCAACUCCUUCAAUAGUUUUAGUUCUUCCCAGGCGUCGUCGUCAGAGAGUAGUAGCAGUAGCAAAUCCAGCAAGUCCAGUCAGACUAACUUUAGUGGUUUUAACGUAAAGAAUGGAUUAUUUGAGCAACCAUCCCCUACCCCCACCACCAGCCGCCCCUAUCACCCUCCCUCCCCUCUUCCCCGUGUAGCGGAGGCGGCUGACAGCCAGUACAAGUCGGCGCAGGAGGCGUGGAUGGCGCAGUACCUGCAGAACAUCACCAACCAACUCUACAGCUCCUUCACCAACUCCUCCACCCUAACCAACCAUGACAGCUACGGCAGCAACGUAAACUCCAACUUCGUCAACUUCCCUUUCGUGCUGAUCCCUAUCAACACCUUCCUCGACCUUCAAAAAUCUGGCGCCAUCUCCGACGACGUGCAGAGUUACGGCGCCUUUGUGCAGCCACAACAAGCUCAGCAGGGUAUAUCUCAGUACCUGAGACAGCAGCAACAACAGCAACAGCAGCAGAGACGACAACAGCAACAGCAACAGCAACGUAUCGUCAACCAAUCGAAGCAACAAACGACUUUCAACACAUACAACUCUUCGAAAAGCUCCUCGCAGCAGGUGGCACACAACGCCCAGGGAAUCAACUCGUUCAACUACCAGGGCGGUAGUCGGGGGCAACAGGGAGGCCAGGCAGGACGACAGGGAGGCCAGGCAGGACGACAGGGAGGCCAGGCGGGGCAACAAGGCUCACAACAACGUUACCAAAGCCAACAAUCGUCUCAAUCCUCCCAGCAAAGCAGUCAGAGCGCCAGCAGCAGCAGCAAUGCCAGCUUCUCCUCCCAUGGUAACGUAGGAGGCUCUGUGUCACGUCCAGGCUCUAGUUACGACGCUCCUGCUGCCCAGUCUGGGGUGCCUGGAGUUGCUUACGGUCUGCCAUCCAGACCAACCCAACCCAGACCAUCCUACCCAAGACCCACCCAACCCAGACCUACUACACCAAGACCUACUUACCCUAGGCCCACUCAACCCAGACCAACUCAACCCAGACCUACUACACCAAGACCUACUUACCCUAGGCCAACUCAACCCAGACCAACUCAACCCAGACCUACCCCACCAAGACCUACUUACCCUAGGCCCACUCAACCCAGACCAACUCAACCCAGACCUACCCCACCAAGACCUACUUACCCUAGGCCCACUCAACCCAGACCAACCCAACCCAGACCUACCCCACCAAGACCUACUUUCCCUAGGCCCACUCAACCCAGACCAACUCAACCCAGACCUACCCCACCAAGACCUACUUACCCUAGGCCCACUCAAUCCAGACCAACCCAACCCAGACCUACUCCACCCAGACCAACUCAACCCCGCCCUCAGCCAAGACCCUAUCAAUCCAGACCUAUUCAGUCAGGACCCACCAGACCAGCGGGCGGGUCGUUGGCUUACUCCUCCCAGAACUCUCAGUCGUCAGAACAGUCUCAGUCCUCCCAGCAGGAGCAGUCAUCCUCCGGCAGCGCCUCCUACGGUAACAAUGGUCAGGCGGCGCUCAGUUUCCAGUCCUCGUCGUCAAACAGCGAUAACGAAGCAAAGAAAUCACAGUCGUCGUCUUCAUCGAACUUCUUAAUAAAUAAUGGAGGCAACAGAGGCUCGGCUCAGCAAUUCGCAUCAAACUCCAAGUCGUCGUCGUCAUCAUUGUCAUCAUCAUCAUCCUCACAGAAAUCUUCCAGUAGUUUUAAUGGCGUUGGUGGGUUUGGUUCCAAUGGCUUGAACUUCGUACCUCAAGGCUUCUCACUGACGGCGUCCCCUGAACCUAAGCCAUCACCGUCGACCGCCUCGGCCACCUUCCUGCCCUCACCCCCCGGCUCUCCCUCUCCCAACACCUACAACAACAUCGCUACGCCCGACGUCAAACCACCUUUCAACAUCGCUUCACAAGCUCCUGCUCCACGUCCUGCACCAAAUUCACAGAUAAACUUUCCCGGCCCCUUAGGCUAUGAUGAGCCUGAACCUUCCUACAAUGUGGGUUUUGAAGCUGCUGGAUCCGAUGCCUCCUUCUCUCCCCCAGCAGCAGAGCCCACCUCCAACAUGGACGGGUGGAUCCCCAUGACCGGUAACUUCCAGAACUUCCAUGACACACAGACAGGACCAGCCCCAGGAGCCUCGCCUCAGUACCAGCUGCCUCCUCCGCCUUCCUUCCCUCAGCAGAUACUCUCCUUCCCUGCUCUCACUCCUUCACAAUCCUACCGAAGUAAUAACAAUGGAAACGCGGAAAACAGCGGCGUUUCCUUCAGCUACUCCUCAAGCCAGAACUCUCAGGAUCAGAGCAGCUCUCAGGAGAGUCAGCACUUCAGCUCAUCCUUCAGCGGCUCGGUGCCGCAGCAAGGCUUCGAAUUCGCAGGGGCCACAGAGGCCCUCGGUGGUACACAGCCGCAGCAGCCAGUACAGCAGCAGCAACAGCAGUACAGGGGUUAAACCUGUCGUGUACACAGUGGUUAUGUAUCCGUGUUAAGGUUCUCACACACUCACAACAUACUUAGAUUGCAGCCUCUGCUUGUGGUUCACAACGCAAAGUAUUAAAUAGUAUAAUAUAUUUUCCAGAUUUAUAAUAUAUAUAUAUAUAU